UAGUGUUGGAUUUAGGCACAUAUAUUUAUGACGGGAACUUAUUCUAAUUUCAGUUAUUGUGCUACUGAACGUCGAGUAGACAAGGUUUAACAUGUCCGCUAAAAUAGUGAUUAUCGGAGCUGGAUCGGCAGGAAUUGCUGCCGCUACUAGCUUGUACCAGAACGGAUUCCGGAAUGUGCAGAUACUGGAAGCAACCGAUCGUAUCGGCGGGCGCGUCCACACCAUUCCAUUUGGAGAAAACGUAAUCGACAAAGGUGCUCAGUGGUGCCACGGUGAAAAGCAAAAUGUAGUUUUUGAAUUAGCCAAUCCACUAGGACUGUUAGAAUCAUCAGUAAUCAAUUCGAAUUAUGUGCUAGUGCAAUCAAAUGGAGAUAUAGUUGAUCAAACGUUGAGUGCACGGCUAUUCAAGCUAGCUGAUGAAAUUGCUGAAUCGGAAGAUCUCGAUACGUACGGGGGAACAUUUGGUGAUUUUUUUACUGAACGUUUCACAAAAGCAAUCAAUGAAGAGAAAAACAAAGAUAUUGACAGGGAGUUGGUGCAACAGUUUUUAAUGCUUUAUCACAAUUAUCAAAAAGGUUACAAUGCAAUAGAUUCAUGGUAUGAAUAUUCCGUUAAUGAUGAUGCAGAGGACUGCGAAGGUAAUCAAGGCCUUAGUUGGAUGGGCAAAGGAUAUAAAAGCGUUCUAGAUUUAUUAAUGAAACGACAUCCAUCCCAAAAAAGCGAACCGAUUCCAAUAGAAAAUAGCAUUAUAUUCAAUAAAUGCGUUAAAAACAUUCUUUGGAAUCGUGGACCAGAUUAUCCAGUUACAGUUUAUUGCUCCGAUGGCAGUCAAUACGAUGCAGAUCACGUCGUCGUUACAACGUCGCUAGGGGUUUUAAAGGAGAACUUGCUAACCAUGUUCACUCCACAGUUACCGUCAAUCAAACGAAACGCCAUCACUGGGAUUUAUUUUGGUACGGUCAACAAGAUUAUCAUGGAGUUCGAUGUCCCAUUUUGGACUGAACUUGGAAACACCUUCAGUUUACUGUGGAGCCUGGAUGAUCUGGAAAGUUUAAGUAAGUCGGAAUAUGCGUGGACAGAAGGUGUUUCGUCAUUUUUCAAAAUUGACCGGCAGCCAAACCUGCUAGGCGCUUGGAUGAUGGGAAAAGAAUGUCGGCAAGCUGAACUCCUUAGUGAUGAAGCUAUCAUCGAUGGCAUGCUCUUUUUGCUAAAAAAGUAUUUCAAAGGAAAACAAAUUGAUAAACCAGUCAAAAUGAUUCGGUCUCAAUGGUUUACAGAUCGCAACUUCCGUGGAUCGUAUUCUAGCCGCUCAAUAGUGACGGAUCUCUUGAAGACGGGUUGUGCUGACCUUGCAGUCCCUCUGACCGAUUGUUUGGGUAAACCUGUUCUACUUUUCGCUGGUGAAGCUACAAAUACUAAACAUUAUGGUACUGUGCACGGAGCUAUCGAAAGUGGCUGGCGUGAAGCGGAUCGUUUGACAAGUUUGUAUGAAAAGUCUUCGAAGGAGAAACAAGCGCCAUAG